AUUUCACUAUAAAUAGCCUAUAAACAUGGAUAUAAGUUAGUCUAAAACCUCCGACAACACGACACAACUAAAUCAACCUCCGAUUUGGAAGGAGCAAUCAAACCUUUCUCUAUAUCGUCAGGACCAACAUUGUAGGUAAUUGAUUAUUCCAAUCAAUUAUUAUUUGUACUUGUUGAACGAUAUAAAGAAACUGAUUAAUCCUGUUCCUAUAUUUAGUAUCAUAAACAUAUUAUCUUAUUUUCGUAUGUCAUUAUAUUCUUCAUAAACAGUCAUAUAGAAAAAUGGCACCAUCCUCUUCGAAACAAGACCCUCCAUUAAUCGCUAAAUUAGCUAGCGCUGGUCUAGCAGCAUGUGUGGCUGAUGGAAUGACGUUUCCUUUGGAUUUUGCUAAAGUUCAAUUACAGGUAUUUUAAGGUUUUAUGUGUGAAGUGUACCACCAAUUGAAUGCUUCUCGAAUGAUCUCUGUCUCACGCUUUUCAGUGUGUUCUAAACAUUUUACUUCAGGUUGAAAGACCUCGAAGAAGAAAGAAGGCCAAGGCCAUCUAUAGAAAAACAACUUGUUUAUGUCUUGUUUGUCGCACUUUUUCGAAGCAUUCAAUUACCUUUAUCAAUAAACAGCCCCUGUCUUGCAAUUUAUCAAGAACUAUUUGCCUAUUUGGAUGAAUAGUUUUAAAGCAAAUGAACCUAUGAGCUGUCACAGUUAAUUCUAUUGAAAAUAAUUUUAUUUUUCUCUAACGUUUUCAGAAAAAUAAGAAGGCCAAGAUGAAGAUUUGGGGAGGGAGGGCUGGGUUUUCAGGUGCUUGCUGACAGAGCGAAAUGGGAAUUAAAAGGUGUUUUCUUAAAAAAAAUCACAAACUAACAAUAGGCAAUCUGUAUUUUCAACUCAAUAUUUAUAAACAGAUGGAGUGAAUGUUUUAAUAGGACUUUUUGUAAUAGAUUGUAAUAGAUUGCUGUUCCUUUUCAAGCAGUAGCAAAAAAAAUGAUAAAAUAUUUGAACUCUUUGAAAGGAUUGAUAGGUGUUUAUUUGACCACGCUAUAUGUAAAAUCAUCUUAUACUAUAUAUUAUCAGAUUGACAGAAAAAUAGAAACGAUAAGAAAAGGAAUUGUUAUCGUGACUAUAAAAUGUAAUUUCGCUUAUCAGUAUAUUUUUUUUACUUAACUAAAAGAUAUACAAAGAUGAGAAGAAGAGAAAAACAAGAAUAUUUAUCAAUAUAUACUGUAUAUUCAAUAACAGGCAUACAGUUACAUUCAAUGAAAAAACUAUUGUGUUUGUUUUUAAGCACUAAAAGCAAGUCGGUCAGGUGUUUCUUAUCCUUUUGCCCUUUCUUGCUCCAUAAUCUUAAUAUAAAACCUUAAUUACUUACGAUUAUGAAAUUUAAGACUUUUACUAUUUGUCCGAACAGAAAACUGUGUUCCUUCCAGCAAUUAAUCUAUUUAUAAUUAAUUAGAACUUUGAAGAUUUUUAUAAGCCUUAUUGCUCAACCAUAUAAAAACAAUCACACCAUCUGUUUCUUUUUAUGAAUAUCACAGAAUUGCCUGAUUUCAUUUUAAAUAUUUCACUAAUUAAAGGCGAUUGUCUCGGAUAGAUGAUCGUUUUAUAUAAGAUGUAAAAAGCUAACCAUCCUGCUAUAUGUCGGAUCUUAGAUCCAAGGUGAAAAGAGUGCUACAAAACUAUACUCUGGGAUGUUCGACUGUCUGACCAAAAUAUUUCGAAGCGGAGGUGUCCGUGCCAUCUACAAGGGGUUGGUACCUGGUUUACAAAGACAAAUGUGCUUCGCAUCCGUCCGAAUCGGCCUCUACGAUCAGGUGAAGGGCAGCUAUACGAAAUUUUUUAUGGGAAAGCAAAAUCCUUCAGGAGAAAAUUUUGGCAUACGGAUAUUAGCAGGAAUUACAACAGGAGGAAUGGCUGUGUUAUUCGCUCAACCAACUGACGUAGUUAAAGUUCGAAUGCAGGCGCAAAAGGAAGGAUUUGUUAGAUAUAAAGGAUGUGUCGAAGCUUAUGUUAAAAUUGCUAGAACAGAAGGUAUAAGAGGGUUAUGGAAGGGUACCCUACCAAAUAUGACACGGAAUGCUGUUGUUAACGCUAGUGAAUUAGUCACUUAUGAUUAUAUUAAAACUUCCAUUCUCAAACAUCAAAUUCUCAAGGACGGUGUUCCUUGUCACUUUUUAUCAGCGUUUGGAGCUGGAUUUAUCACAACAAUAUUCGCAAGUCCAAUAGAUGUUGUUAAAACAAGAUUUAUGAAUUCGCCUCCAGGAGAAUAUAAAGGUGUUGUUAACUGUGCUACCUCAAUGUUUCGCAAUGAAGGGUUUUUUGCCUUUUACAAAGGCUUUUGGCCGUCUUUCACAAGACUUGGAUCUUGGAAUAUAGUAAUGUUCGUAACAUAUGAACAAUUUAAGAAGUUGUUUAUAAUCAGAAAAAGCUCUAAAGACCCUAAAGAAAUUCAAUGAAUUUUAAUAACAUUAUGAUUUGUAACUGAAACUUGAAUUUAACUAUGUGUGAAUUAUCCAAGCUGUGAAAGUUAAUUACGGUGUUGAAUUUUCUUCCACUUCCGUGUGUGAAUAGUGUUGAAAUUACAGUAUUCAUAGUCUUCUUCCUUUUCAAAACACAUUGCAUUUACAUACGUGAAUAUUCGUUAUUUCUUUCUCGCAUAUAUUAUGUAUAUAUAUUUUGUAAAUGAAUUAUUUUAAAUAAAAACAAAUUGAUAACAUCUACCACCAUUAGUUAGUGUUAUUUUCAAUUAAUUAUCUUUCACUUUUGGUAUAGAUAUAUACAUGUAAACGGUAUUACAAUGUUGUUUAAAAGUUAUGUUUCACAUAAAAACAUAAAAAUUUCCAACACGGAAAACCAUUCUUAAAAUGAAUGGAUUAUCUGAGUCAUCUGUGUUUUCAAAACUUUACUCAAAUGAUAAUGAGUUUAUCUCACAAUGAAAUAC